UCCAUUUCUACAAUGAUUUCUUCCUCUUUCCAUCAAUCUCCACUGCCGACGCCGGAAAAUACGUUUACCUCCGGCGACAACUCUAUGCUAUCACCGUCGUGUGUCAGAUUCCGGCAAUCUGGUUCAUUCUCCGUUGCUGCGACCAGCUACACUUCUGUGGCCACCUGCGUCCCAAUUUCUGCUUCUCCUACUUCGUUUUACAAAAUUCUCGGAAUUCCGAUCGGCGCAACGAUCGAGGAGAUCAAUGCUGCGUACCGGAGAUUAGUUAGAGUUUACCAUCCUGAUGUGGCUGCAAUUGAUCAGAAGGACUCCUAUACGGAUGAGUUCAUGAAAAUUCGUGCUGCUUACUGUACUCUCUCAGAUCCCAAUAAACGCGCCCAAUAUGACCGAUCACUUUACCCAAGGCGCUGGACCGGUAAUUUGUAUUCUGCUGCCUAUAUUCGCCGGAACUGGGAGACAGAUCAGUGCUGGUAGAAAUUCCGGUUCGUUUCUCUUUGUUGUAAAUCU